CAAUUGCGUCCUUCGACUAGAACACAUUGCGAACUUGAUCUUGGCCGCGGACAUCUCAUCCCAAAACUGCUCUGCUGAUCGCAAUGUGGGGUGCCCCAGCAGUCUCCAAAUCCGUAUCCUACCCCCCGUACAAUUUUUCCUGGAUAGAGCAGAACAAACUGGCCGCGAUGGCUUGUCCGAGCAGCGAGGCGAACUACCAAUUUCUCAGAGACCAGGGCAUACACCACAUUCUGACCCUAUCACCGGAAAAUGUCCCCACAAAGCUGAAGUAUUGGGAUUUGGGUUGGUCCAGAAUAGACGUGCAAGAGUUUGAAGCGCCGAGUUUGGAGAAUAUAUUGGAAUUUUUGGAUUUGUGUCAAAAGUGUCGAAUGCGAAAACAGGCCAUUGCAAUUCAUUGCCGUAUGGGAAGAGGAAGAACGGGAGUAAUGGCUGCAUGUUACCUAGUGCAUUUUAUGAAGAUAGCCCCAGAAAGAGCUAUAACUAAUAUUAGACUUAUGAGACCCGGAUCCAUAGAGACUUAUGAGCAAGAAAGGUCCGUCGUUAAAUUCCACGACUAUAUUAGAACCAUCGAAGAUGAUUUUCAACCAAAUUACGAAACUAAGCACAUUACUCAAUAGAAGCUUGACGUCGGUAUCAUUACAAAAAAAAACAUUCCCAUUUACCUAAUCAGCCUUAACCUGUUCUAUUACAAAUUUUCAGCGAUCAUGGACCUACCAUAUCCAUUACACCAUUCUCCUGAACAAACGUGUGUGGGCCACAGAGCCGUCUUUAGAUUUACUGUAAUAUGAAUUAAAAUGGCUGUGGCUAUACAUACUGAAAUGACAAGAACCAAAA